UGUGAAUGUACCAAAUAAAUAUCAGUUAAAAUAGAAAUUAAAUGCUCUUGGCAUUUAAAUAUUUGCAAUGUUAUUUAUUUAUUUAAAGUUUAUGUUGAUAUAGUAAGAAUAAUGCAUAAUAUAAAAAAUGUGAAAAAGUAUGACAAAGAGAUAGAAAAGAAUGAAAUGUAAGAUGAAAAGGUAGAAGAUGACAUUUAAAAGUUAAAAAACUAGGAGACGUAUUAUGCUCUUAAUCAGAUUGAUUUGAGUUCUAGAUCACACCAGAUUAGACUUAUACAGUAGCAAAAUGCACAUAAAAUAGAUAUCUAUCAUAUCAGACCAAACUAGACUAGAAAAUUUCAUUCCAAGUAAAAUUUACCAAAAUUGAUGUCCAACACUUACCCCAUUAAUUUUACUAAUUUACCUUUUGGUUGAAAAAGAGAAAGUAAGCUUAACGAAAUUGAAAGUGUCACGACUUACAAGUAUGUAGGUACACCCAAAGGGGAUAGUGCUCAAGGUUUUUGAACAUUAAAUUUUGAUAUUUUUUAUUAAUUAAAAUUUGAUAGUAAGCAUCAAAAAAUGAUAUUAAUGACAUCAAGAUAAAUGUGUGUAGAAAAAAAUCUUCUUGGCAGAGGUGGUAGGCAGCAGUCCUAGGGUUUAAGGCGCCGCUAAUCUUGUUGAUCAGCAUUUCCUGAGACGGCAUGGCAACGAUCGAUAAGAGCAAGAGGCCGGGCAAGUUGGGCGGCACAGCUGUGAAUGACACAAGCAUUGAGCAGGGCGAGUUGGGUGGCACAGCAGCGAGCGACAUGAAUAAGGAGCAGGGCGUGUUGGAUGCUCUUGAAUGGGCCUGCAAUCGGUUGAUCUUCAAGGAAAAGGGUGAGGUGUUAUUGGUGGAACCCACGCAACCGAUGAUAUCAGGGGUGGGGUUUUCACUGGUUGGUACUAUCACAUCAGAAAGAUUUUUAUGUUUCUCUUUCUUUCGGGACACCAUGGCAACGGUUUGGAAUCCCGUCAAAGGUGUUACCAUAUCUGAUUUAGGAUCCUGGCAUUUUUUUUUCAAUUUUAUCAUGAAGCCGAUAUGAAUAGAAUUCUCAAAGAAGGGCCAUGGGCCAUGACUCGAUUAAAAUUUAAUUGUUUUAAGGAAAUUUGUGGAAGGGAAUCUUCCAUUAUUUAUGUCAUUAAACAAGGCUGAACUUUGGAUUCAAAUCCAUGAUUUACCAGUAAGUUUUUUGAAACAAUGGCAAAAAGAGGACUAUGGGCUUUCAUCCGGACAAAAACAGAGCUUGACUUCAAUAUGGACUUAAAAGUGAAUUCGUAAAAUUGAAUGGACGUUUGUACCCUCAGAUCUUUUCCCAUUUUUCCAAUCUGCACACCCUUCCUUCGCCCAAUCCAGAAUCCACCAUCGCCUUUGCAAAAAAAUUCACAGGGCACAAAUCUCUCUGCCUCCUCUCCAAGGUUGUUAGAAGUAUUAUUAUAUAUAUACGCACACCUAUUGUAAUAAAUAUAUACCCUCAGCUGAUAUAGUCAGGUUGUUAGAUCUGAUAGUAAGUUUGUUAGAGUCGGUUAUAUCAGCUGUAGUAUAUAUACAUGUACCGAUUCAUCUUAAUCAAUAUGAGAGAAAUUAUUCCUCCUUUCUAUUUCUGCUUACUUUCUAAUAUGGUAUCAGAGCUUCAGAUCUAGGCUCGGUCUACCAUGCCGGAAUCUGACUCUACUUCAUCUUCAACCUCUGUUACUGGAAAUGUCUCCUUUCCAGUAGCAUUUUCACAUCCUUUACCAAUCAAACUGGAUUCAAACAACUAUCUCCUUUGGAAACAUCACAUCACGUCUGUAGUUCGUGCGCACAAGCUGUUGAAAUUCAUAGAGAAUCCUCAAAUUCCAGAGGAAUUCAUCGCUGCUGCAGACGGAACUAAAUCUGUGAACGAUGCGUAUAUCACUUGGGAACAGCAGGAUCAGAUGCUGUUCUCAUGGAUGUUGUCGUCUUUGUCGGAGACACUUCAUGCUCGUGUGAUUCAUUGCCUGAAGUCGCAUGAGCUCUGGAGCACGAUUAAGGAGUUUUUCAAAGCAAAUGUUAUCGCAAGGGCCAGACAACUAAAAUCCGAACUCUACAAUACUGGAAAAGGGGAGCGAUCGAUUUCUGAGUAUCUUAUAAACAUUCAGACUAUCGUUAACAAUCUUCGUCUGGUUGGUGAACCGUUGUCUAGCAAAGAGCAUAUUAAUGUUAUCCUCGAAGGUCUUCCAGAAGACUACGAAUCGUUGGUAUCAUCUGUAACCUCUCGUAGUACUCUCGAGCCUGUUUCAUUGACUGAACUUGAAUCCUUGCUGCUAGCAAAGGAGAUGCGUCUGAAGAAAUUUCAUGAAUCAACAAAACAAAGUGUGUUCUCAGCUCACGUCGCUCAGGUUGAAACCUCUUCCACAACUGAAACAUCUGUAGCUACUGAUAAUCCCUCCGCGAAUGUUGCUCAGUUCAGUAACUCAAACAACAAUGUCUCUCAACGUGGACGAGGCCGUGGAGGUUUCACUAGAGGCAGAGGUGGCCGCUCUGGUGGUCGUAGCUCUGUAAUCUGCCAGGUCUGUGGAAAAAGUGGCCAUCAUGCUUUGAUUUGUUAUCACAGGUAUAAUCCUACCUAUACUGUCUCAAACUCUAAUUUCACAAAUUCUACACCUGAGAAUCCUGGAGGAGCAAAUUACUGGAAUCCACAUUCACAAGCUUCUUACUAUCAAAUACCUCCCCAACCUAAACCACAUACCUCUCACAUAUUUUCUGCUCCAUGGAAUCAUCAGCCCUUUAAUUCACCUUCUCCAACUUUUAAUUGGGGACAUCAACAAUCCUCUGCACCAUCUGCAAACUUUGCUACCACAACUGCAUCUAUACUUGGGCCUGUUCCACAAAAUCAAACCUGGUUUCCAGAUUCAGGAGCAACACAUCAUGUUACUGCAGAUCCACUGAACUUCCAGCAUUGUGAGCCUAUUGCAACAACUGACAAGCUCUUUAUGGGCAAUGGUCAAGGUUUCUAAACAGGUUUUGUUGCAUGGAAUACUUGGUGAAGAUGGCUUGUACAAGUUUCCAUGUAUUCCUCUUGGUUCCAGUUCAACUGCUGCUGUCACUUCACAAGCUUAUUCAGUGUCUAGAAAUAAUUCUAUGUCUCCUUUUUCACUUUUGUCAGCCUGUAAUAAAUCUCAAUCAUGUAAUCUCUCAGAUUCAUGUAAUGUUUGGCAUCUCAGAUUAGGUCAUCCUCAUCCUGAGGCACUUAAAUCUGUACUUCAACUUUGUAAUGUUUCUGUCAGUAAUAAGAAUAAUCUUCAGUUUUGUUCUGCCUGUUGCCUUGGUAAGGCACAUAGACUCCCUGCAUAUUCUUCCAACACUGUUUAUCACAAACCAUUUGAACUGAUAUUCACUGACCUAUGGGGCCCAGCACCUGUUAUAUCCUUUGAUGGUUACACAUACUAUAUUGCCUUUAUUGAUGCUCACACAAGAUAUACCUGGAUAUAUUUUCUGAAAAACAAAUCUGAUGCCCUUCCAGCAUUCCAAAACUUUUACAACCUUGUCCUCAAUCAAUUCUCCACAUCCAUCAAAUCUCUCCAAUCUGACUGGGGAGGAGAAUUUAGAUCCUUCACCAAUUUUCUGUCUCAAAAAGGGAUCACCCACAGAAUCAUAUGUCCACACACACACCAUCAAAAUGGUGUGGUAGAACGAAAACAUCGCACAAUUGUUGAAAAAGGACUGUCACUUCUUGCCCAUUCUUCAUUGCCUUUUAAGUUUUGGGAUGCUGCUUUUGCAACUUCAGUACAUCUCAUAAAUAGAACCCCUUCCAAAUCAAUAUCCAAUUCUAGCCCAUAUUACCAGCUUUUUGGUUCUGUACCAGACUAUUCCUUCCUCAGAGUCUUUGGCUGCUCCUGUUAUCCUUUUUUGCGACCCUACAACAAGCAUAAAAUGGAUUUCCACUCUGAAGAGUGUAUUUUCAUAGGGUACUCUUCACAACACAAAGGCUACAAGUGUCUUUCCAAAUCUGGGAGAAUAUACAUUUCAAAAGAUGUCACAUUUCAUGAAUCAAAAUUCCCUUAUCCAACCUUAUUCCCCUCCAACCAGCCCACCAACAUAAAAGUCUCUACACCAAAUUCUGCAAUCCUCACCAUCUUACAUCCACAUUCAUCCAAUUCUCAACCAGAUACCUCCCAACCGAAUACCUCCCAUAGCCAUGUCCACUCACCACCUACAAAUAACAUCUCAACCCACUCUAACACUGACUCUACACCUACCAAUAAUUCUGAUCCAUCCUCUGUUCCUUCCAUAUCUGCCAUACCUUCUCAACAAGACCACAUAUCCUCCUCUACUUCCACCUCUUCCUCUUCCACACCUCAUCAGUUGACUAACACUCAUCCCAUGCAAACCAGAGCCAAAUCAGGAAUUAUCAAACCAAGACUUAAUCCUACCUUACUAUUAGCACAUAUUGAGCCCAAGUCAGUGAAGCAAGCUCUCUCAUCUCCCCAGUGGUUCUCUGCAAUGCAGGAUGAAUACAAUGCCCUUAUAGCUAAUGGUACUUGGUCAUUGGUUCCCUUACCACCAGACAAACAUGCCAUUGGUUGUAAAUGGGUCUUCAGAGUGAAAGAAAAUUCUGAUGGAUCUCUUAAUAAAUUCAAAGCCAGGCUGGUUGCUAAAGGUUUCCAUCAGAGGUUUGGAUUUGAUUUUACUGAAACCUUCUCACCUGUUGUUAAGCCAGUCACUAUUAGAGUUCUUCUCACACUGGCAGUUUCUCACAAAUGGACUGUUCAGCAAUUAGAUGUCAAUAAUGCCUUCCUCAAUGGGACACUUGAUGAAGAAGUCUACAUGGUUCAGCCUCCAGGUUUUCAGGCACAGGACCCAUCUCUUGUCUGCAAACUCCACAAGUCAUUAUAUGGCCUAAAACAGGCUCCAAGGGCAUGGUUUCACAAACUCACUUCUGUUCUUUAUACAGCUGGUUUUCAACAGAGCAAAUGUGAUCCUUCCCUCUUGUUUUUCAUGUCCCCAGGAAUUCAGAUCUAUAUCCUCAUAUAUGUAGAUGACAUUCUUGUUAUAGGAAAUGAUUCCUAUGCUAUUCAAAAUCUCAUCCAGAAAUUGCAUUCAUCUUUCUCUCUCAAGCACCUAGGAGACAUUGAUUUUUUCCUUGGUAUUGAAGUAAGGAAAUUAGGUGAUGGCAGCUUGCAUCUAUCCCAGACAAAGUAUGUGAGAGAUCUACUGUAUCAGACUGGCAUGUUAGAUUCAAAAGGAGUUAAAACUCCCAUGAUUAGUAGCUGCAAACUUACAAAUACUGGUAGUCCAUGUCUACCAGACCCAUCUACUUACAGAUCUGUUGUUGGCACUCUGCAAUAUGCCACUCUAACAAGACCAGAAAUUAGCUAUGCUGUUAACAAGGUUUGUCAAUUCAUGGCAGCACCUUUACAAGAACACUGGAAGGCAGUUAAACACAUUCUCAGAUAUCUAUCAGGAACUAUCACACAUGGCAUCAUCAUUAAACCUCUUCCUUUGAACACCAUGGCUCUACCUAUUUCAGCCUACUGUGAUGCUGACUGGGCAUCUGAUCCUGUUGACAGAAGGUCCACAUCUGGUUCAUGCAUCUUUUUUGGAUCUAACAUCAUCUCAUGGUGGUCAAAGAAGCAACAAAAGGUAGCCAGAUCCUCAGCAGAAGCUGAGUACAGAAGUCUAGCAGACACAGCUGCAGAGGUCUUGUGGGUUCAAUCUCUACUUCAAGAGCUUCAAGUACCAUUUUCUAC